AUGAAGUCGCGCGAAGACAGAAAGUUGGCUAGCCCGGAACUAAGGAAAGAUGCCGAAGACUUCUUCAAAUGGGUAUCCCAUCACCGUUCCGUGUUCACCGUGGCGCUUCAUCACGGACUGAACCUCGAGAACGACCCAGACGCAUACAAGACCAAAGGCUUGAUCAUAAACUUCACAGAAAAGCCUGACCGCACGAGCUACCCGCCGCAUCAGAGAUACAAUGUCUCCCAGGGAAUCGUCUGUGAUAUCGACGUCAUUCGCCUAUCCGCAGCCCGGACGAACGAUGGCGACUUCUCGGACUUUGAUCAGGCGAUUGCAAAAGGCCAGCGAAUGGGCAUCGUGAUUUUUAGUUAUAGGGAAAAUCUUGUCAGGCAAUGGCAAAGGAUCACGAUGCCGCCGCCGAAGUAUCUCAAGAAAGCUGCGCAAACUGUCGAAAGUCCGCAAGACUCAUGGGUGUCAUGGUUGGACAAGGCAGUAAAUGAGAACUUCGAAGCCAAGAUCAAGCUCGCAAAGCCACCCAGUGGCAGGAAUGGGCGGCAUUAG